GAACAUGAUAAAAGCCAUUCUGAUAUUUAAUAAUCAUGGCAAACCUCGACUGUCAAAAUUCUACGAGCAUUACACUGAAGACACAGAGCAGCAGAUCAUCAGGGAAACCUUUCAUCUGGUGUCCAAACGAGACGAGAACGUCUGCAACUUCCUGGAGGGCGGAUUGCUAAUCGGCGGCUCGGAGAACAAGCUGAUCUACCGACACUACGCCACCCUGUACUUCGUGUUCUGCGUGGACUCGUCGGAGAGCGAGCUGGGCAUUCUGGACCUGAUCCAGGUGUUCGUGGAGACGCUGGACAAAUGCUUCGAGAACGUGUGUGAGCUCGACCUGAUCUUCCACAUGGACAAGGUCCACAACAUCCUGGCGGAGAUGGUGAUGGGAGGGAUGGUGCUGGAGACCAACAUGAGCGAGAUCAUCACGCAGGCGGAGGCGCAAACCAAGAUGGAGAAAUCUGAGGCCGGGAUCGCGGGAGCUCCGGCGCGCGCCGUAUCCGCCGUCAAGAACAUGAACCUGCCAGAGAUGCCCAAGAACAUCAACAUCGGGGACAUCAGCAUCAAAGUGCCAAACCUGCCCUCCUUUAAAUAGAGCAGAGCCACACGAGUCUAACAGGACACUGUUCACUACAGCUGUGACAUCACUGAUGAUGGUGAUGGUGGUGAAGAUGAUGGUGAUGAAGGCGGCUGUACAUGAAGUAUUUAUUUGAUUCUUCUGUCCUCUGUGUGUCUCGCUGCAGUGUUGGGGUGUGUGUGUGUGUGAGUGAGUGUGUGCAUGUGUGAGAGUGAGUAAGAUUGUGUG